ACAUGUCACUUGUAUUUGGAGACGCUGGUUGAUUUUGACAGCCUGCUGAUCUAUUUAAUUUUUUUAAUUUAAAAAAAAAAAUGUGUUAUUGAUGAUUUUAAAGUUGUAGCAAACAAACCAUAGCUGAGUGUUAGGCCAGGUUGCCACAUUUGUUUCAAAUUCAGAGGUAGAGUUAUAUUGCUUGUGCUUUAAAAUUAAUUUGUAGUCAUGAUUUGGAUAAGAAAUAAUAUAAAUAUUAUGUGGUUUACUAAAUCAACUAAAUAAAUGGUCUUCUUAGAAAUUGUGUUCCUUUCUGCUUUGUUUAUGUUAAAUGUCAUAGUUUAAGCUUUUAUUCUUUACAAACUAGUGAUCAGGAAUUCGUGAAUUAGCACAUCACUAAAGUGUUUAGGAUGCCUUAAGCCACAAUUUGUGACAAUAUGUCACUUGCGGGAAUUUAAAAUAAAAGUAAAAAGAAAAUUGUAUUCUAAAACUAUGAAACCGGGUUUUCCCGACUAUGGAGAAAUUUUCCUCACAGUCCUUUGUUUCCAAUAAUUCAUGCUGGAUCCCGGGUCCUUGGAAAGGAAAUGUUUAUCACAGCAACCUUAAAGUUUAUGUAAUGUUGUUGUUUUUUUUCUUUUGAUAUUUUGUUGUUGUAAAUAACCCACAAUAAACAUUAAAAUAUGUUAGGAAUGAAGAUAUGAUAUGAAAAAGUUGUACAUUGUUUUACAAAGCAUUUUAAUGCACAUUCUUUUAGAAUUACAAUAACUACUUAAUUUCGUGAAAUUUUACUGUCUUAAGCCGAAAUUUCAAAACGAAAUCCGUUAUAACUUUCAUAGGCCUACCACAGAUAUAAGAACCGCAGUUGACAUUGAAAAAAGCAUGGCCAGCAAGACGCAAUUAGCUCAGAGAUUGGAUACUUUUCUUAAACAUCAACUCGAGAUGUUAGAAGUGGAGAGUAGAACUAUGAAAGAUGCCAUGGAUGAUGUUGUCAAUAAGGUAAUUUAUAUAACUUGUUCCAUUGAUCAGUUAUCACCAGAAAUAUUGACAAUGUAGCCUAAAAUCAUUAAUUUCGAUGGCAUAAAACUUAAUCAAUCUCAUGUUUGAACAAUAUCAAAAUUUAAAUAAAGUCUUUUUUUUACUUCUUUAAACUUAAUAGUUAAUUAGUAAAAAAUAUUAUCACCUCAUAUAGUUUAUUAACAUUACCCGAUGUUACACUGGGGAUAACGAAAUGGAUACUGUGCUAUUAUCUGUUUGUUUUUAAAAAUUCUUCAGGUUUUUUUUCGGGUUGAAUAUAAUAAAAUGAGUACAAGCUUUGAAACUGUUAUUUCCUGGCAUUAAUAAGACAAAUACAUAUGGUCUCAGUAAACUUUCCCGUCUUACCGAUAUUAUUUUGCGUUAACGAGGUUGACCACGGCGUCUCAGACGGUUUGAUCAUGUGUUUCUAAUUGUUAGAUUGUCUCGUAUUUUAAAUUUGCAAAAAGAAAACAAUAGGGAGCUAAGCCAAUUGAUCGUUAAUUUUUAAAAUAAAGCAUGGAGUAAAAAAAAAAAAUCUUAACUGACCAUGUAACAACACUGAUUUUAUGGUACCAUAACAAUAAGUGUUGGAAGCAGCCCCAAGAAGACAGAUAUGGAACAGGGAAAAACGUUCAGCUUGAGACUCAGGUGAUUUAUAUCCAUGAUAUUGAUCCUCAACGACGCAAGAAAAGAGAAACGUUCAUAUCUCGAGUCACGGGGUAGCGAAUAGGAAAGCACUAUCCGUAACUUCAAACGUACAAAUGAUUGUUUAGGAAAGUUUAUCCAAAAAGAUAACAACAUCAAAAAAAAACGGCAAUUUAACAACCAAACAAAGAAAUCAACAGUUACUUGAUUGUUUCUAAAAGGAAGAUGAGCUCAUAUUGGAAAAUAGGAUGUUUACUCUCUACAAAAAUGUAAAUUCUAAAAAUUAUCAGGUUUUUUUUUUUUUUUUUUUUUUUUUUUUGAAGAUAGAGAGAAAAAUAAAAUUUUUAUCGUCAAGAUACAUUCACUAACGUAAACAAUUCAGACAUUGCAGCACGGUUUAGGUCUGUAUUCUUGGACGUAUUAAAACCAGUGCAGUGUUUGCGGAACAAGGAGCCAAAGUGGACAGUACGCAUGAUUGCGAACACAUCAUAGGAUACGGUGUGCUACCGGAUAUUUGAGCAAAUUGAUAUCAUCAUAACCUGACACUGAAACAAGGGUUGAGAUCAUCCUUCACGCAAGGCCAGUCACUCCGAUACGCUUUCUUUAUCAAGAUGUAUAGAGGCAGGUGUCCCCCCACCCUAAUAGCACGGACCAAAUCCAGUACGUUGUACACUUUGGGGUGCCCUACAACAAAAUUAUAACUUUCAUCCUAAAGCUUAAAUCAAUACAUAAACUGAACUUUGGUAGUUUUAGAGCUUGGCAAGCAUGUUCACAGUGGUUUAUGAAAACGAGAUUAGACAAGUGGGUGAAAUUGUUUAGAUAAUAAAAUCUUGAACAUGGAGGACAGGUUGAAUUUCAUUUUUGAUUAUUAUAAGAUAAAAUUUUAAACACAUGUAGCUUGAUUGUUUAUAAGUUAAGAAUUAAGAAGAAAAACACAAUUUUAUUCAAAAUUUACAAGAGAAACUCACUUUUUGCUCAACACUCUAUCUAUCUAUCUAUCUAUCUAUCUAUCUAUCUAUCUAUCUAUCUAUCUAUCUAUCUAUCUAUCUAUCUAUCUAUCUAUCUAUCUAUCUAUCUAUCUAUCUAUCUAUCUAUCUAUCUAUCUAUCUAUCUAUCUAUUUAUCUAUCUAUCUAUCUAUCUAUCUAUCUAUCUAUCUAUCUAUCUAUCUAUCUAUCUAUCUAUCUAUCUAUCUAUCUAUCUAUCUAUCUAGCUAUCUAGCUAUCUAUCUAUCUAUCUAUCUAUCUAGCUAUUAUAUAUCUAUCUAUAAGUCCAUCCAUCCAUCCAUCGACCCACCAAUCCACCCACCCACCCACCCACCUUUUUUAUCUUGUAUUAUGGAAGAGGGGUGCAGAUAUAUUGGACAUGAUUAAGUGAUGUUAAGCCAACCCUCAUGGCUGAGCAAAGAGAAGCGUACGUUUUUAUUUGGUAGGUUUUGAAGCACACGACUGUGUCUGAACUUUUUUUUUUUUUGUGUUACUUUUAGUCUUAAUUAAACAAUCCACAAAACCCCAAAUAAUUUCGUAUAAUCUUUUACAUGCAUUUUUCUUUGCAUUUAUGCAGAUGUAAGAGAUUUAUCAUUUAUCAAGAAGUGGUUAUGGAAGUGUUUAGACUGGCGAAAACACGUUUCAUAUUUUCUUAAUUUACCCUUCAAAAAUAUAUUUUAUUGUAACUACAUACUCAUAUACGUCAUAAAUGCAAGGCUCAUAGCAAGAGCUACACGGUUAAUCUCCACACUAAAACAUGCACCCAUUGAAUAAAUAAUUAACAUUUCUCCCUACUUUAAAAACAGGAAAAAACUAAUUGUCUCGGGAUAGUGAGGAAAAUUUGGCAUAAAAUUUUUAAUCUAUUAAAAGUUUCAGCGUAAUAGGAUUGAUGGGAAGUGGGUCAAUUAGCAUUCUAAAGAUUAUGCCACACAGAAAAUAGAGAAACAUGCGAUCGAAAGCAAUGUCAAAAUAAAGGAUGUAAAAAGAAGAACAAUCUAAAACAUAUUUUAUAAACGACAAAGAAGACCAAUGGCUUUUGCAGAGCCUACGGACAAAGAAAUUCUGAGAUGGAGAGAGAAAUUUACACAUUGAUAGAAUAUCCUUAAGUUCAUUUAAAUUGUUGUAGGUUAGAACUUUGAUGACUUUGUUUAGUUAAAGUUAUUGUCUUUUUUUUUCCUAGAUGCAUUUAAGUGUAGCCCAGGAGAUGGACCAAUGGACUUGCUCAGGACAUGUGAAUCAGUUACGUUUCCAGGAGAUUGCCAAAAACAUCCAACAAGCAAUAACCUUUGUUAUUAUGAAGACUAUUGAAAUUUCUGGUAAUUCUUUAUUAAAAGAAUACAUUUAUUUAUCAAAUGUCUCUUUUUGUUAAUGCUGAAACAUUGUUAUAGGCGUAACACAUUUUUUCUUUUUAAUUUAAAACUGUGCAAUGGAUGCAGUAUGUACAGGUGUAGAAGACAAAUACGGACAGGUAUUCUAUUUUCGGUGGCAUUUUAGACCAACUACCAUUAUAAAAAUGGCGUAUGUCUGAUCUAUUAGAAAAAUUGCUAGUUUUUUACCUAUUCUAAAAAUGGCACACUUCUGAACUAUUAUAAAAAUGGCUUAUUUCAUACCUAUUAUAAAAGUGGCUUAAUCUUACCUGUUAUAAAAAAUGGCUUAUUUCUGACCUAUUAUAAAAAUUGCUUUUUUCUGACCUAUUAUAAAAAUGGCUUAUAUCUGACCUAUUAAAAAUGGCUUUCUCCUGACUUACUAUAAAAUGAACUUAUGUCUCAUCAAUUAUAAAUAAAAUGGCUUAUGUCUGAUUUGCUGUUUUUCUUUUAUUGAGCGAUGAAAAAGGAUAGUACGAACCCAGGACCCAGGCGAAACACAUUCUACUCUUAAUUUUCGUUUGUUUUGAUUUUUGUAUUUUAAAUGUUGUUUACAAAAUUUUUUUUUUUUUUUUAUAACUGAAGGUUUGAAUAAUGAUGAAUUUGAGCAUGAAGUAUCACAGACUGCUGUUUCACUCACGCCACCAGCAGCUAAAGCAACUGAUACAGCCCCAGGUAAAAUUAAUACACAUACUUAUGAAAUAUUUAAUAAAUCACAAAAUAAACCUAAAAAUGGUGUGUUUUUUUCCUUCAAACCAUCUUUAAUCAAUUUAAAAAUUUGUCCAUCUUAACUUUAACUUGAUCAAAUAUUCAUUUUACAAAGGUAGCCUGAAAUAGCUUUUCUAAAAUUUUGAAAUCGCAAAUACUAUGUACAAUACUACGUGAAAUCUUUAUGUGAUGUCCAAGAGGAAAAUAAUUACAUAGAGAAGAUUAAAAUAAUAAGUUAUUUGGGAUAUAAAAUGAAUCACAUUAAAAAAAGUAAUAGGUAUUCAAAUGGUACAUUUCAUCCCUGAUAGAAUACAAACAUUGUAUGUUAAGAUUGGGUAUGGAAGUUUCUUUCGUCGACGCUGCAAUGUAUAGACAGGAUAUGUUCAGGUGCAGUUGGGCCACAGGUCGUUGGUGAAGUACCAUUUGUUUUUGUUUUUUUGAAGCAGCACUUCCAUCGGCAUCGUUUUGCAUGGAGGCUCGAUACAUUGGCAAUUUUCUGGCUUUAUCCCAGAAGUUUUCAGUGACACUUUCACUGCGUGAUUUUUAAGCGUUUCUUCUAAUCAAACCCACAUCGAGCUUACUGUAUCCCUGAUAAUAUAUUCUCAUAGGGAGAUGUUGUGAUACAUUCAUAAAUAUCCCACCAAAAUGUAUACUAACGCAGUAAUGGCGUAAAAUUAACCGUGCUGAAACUCCCGGAAUUUGAAUUCGUUUCCCAUUACCGACUUCUUACGUAAGGGUGAAAACCAAAAAUCGAAUAAAAAUAUUUGCUCCUCCUUUAAGGGACCCAUUUUUAGCUACAACUGCACAAAAUAUGAUUUAUUUUGCUAUUGUGACCAUGUGUCGGCUGGGCAAACAUAAACCAAACCAAUUACCCGUUUGUGAUGCGACAUUUCAUCACUGAUAUUUUUGACGCAUGCUUUAUUUAACAAUGUUCAAUACGGAAUAAGAAAUACAAUUUUAAUUUUAAAUUCUAAGACAUGCAGGAGUUAAUAUUUUAUCUGAAAUCUUCAAGAUAAAACUGAAAUGUAAAAUUUUAUCUUGACCAACAGGUACAAUUGUCGACUUUGAAAGUAUGACAAGAAGACUGGCUACAUUGGAAGAAGAUGUUUUCUCGAUGAAAUGUACAACAAAAGAAAUUCAAGAAAAACAAGAGAUUUCUGUUGAGAAAUUAAAUGAGAUUUCAGUUCCAAAAGAAAAUUUCGAUAAAGUAUUAAAUGAUGUCAACAUCCUGAAAAAAAAAGUUGAUAGGGUUCAAAAAGAGAUUUCAGCUCUGCAAGACAACGUGGACAAAAAUUUUGAUACUCUACAUGACACGCAUUUGAAGUUUAAGAAAAAAAUUCAAGAAAGAGUAAACGAAAUUAAGGAAAAAAACGCAGACAUUUCUACAAAUGUUGAUUAUUCCCUUGAAACUUUAACAAUCGUUGAUUCUAGGUUUAAAAAAUUAGAAGAGAAAAAUGAGGCUCUGAACGUCUCAAUGAAUGAACUAAACCAACAGAUUAGCUCUUUUAGAACUUGUAGCAAUGACGCACUUAUGUCUGUACAGGAUUUGUCAAAGAGCGUCGAGAGUACAAGUCAACAUUAUAAUGAGAUGUCUAAUAAAAUGAAUCAACUUGAAUUGUCCAUUAAUCACAUGAAAUCUCAGUACACAGAGCAGUUUGAAAAUAUGAGCAGUCUCAAUAAGGAUAAAAUUGACGAUUUGGUAAGUAUUGGGAUGUCAUUUUUAUCUUUUAUUUAUAAUCUUUUUUUUUUUAAAUAAAUUAACCAAUGGUUAUUUUUUGGAAACGUAUUGAUUAAUAACUUUAUAAAAUAAUAUAAUACAUCUUUUAAAAUUUAGAAUGUUUUCUUAUUAAUAUGUUGUUAUUGUACGUCAGUCGGGAGUCGACCAUGACCACUUUAAUCAUCCGAGUUUAUGCAGGUUCUGUCUCUGGGUGCGCAGAUGGCUAAUGAGGCCGAUUCUGUCAAGAAAUUCUCUUGUGCAGUAGGUGCAGAGGAGUGAUAGCGCAUCUCCGGGAGCAGAGUCAUGGCCUUCCUGGCAUGUCUCUUGCACUCUGCAGCUUCUGUUCUGCCAACUUCAUGUUGCAUCGAGCGCCUGUGCAAAGUGGAACGCCAUGAAGUUCAAUCCUUUGCUUGUUCCUCCCACUUGUCUGGGUUAAUGUUGAACGCUUUUAGUGAGGAUUUUAUAUUGUCUUUCAAGCGUUUUUUUCUGUCCACCUGCAGACUGCUUUUCUUGUUCAAGGUCACCAUAGAAAAUUAUUUUUGGAAGAGGGUCAUCUGACAUUCUCACAACAUGUCCGGCCCAGCGAAGCUGGGAUUUCAUCAAGAUUGUGAAGAUGCUGGGGAUACCUGCCUGUGUGAGCACCUCAGUGUCUGUUACCCUGUCCUGCCAUUUAAUGUUGAUGAUUUUUCUGAGUCUUGUAUGAAAGUUGUUCAGCAUUCUUGCAUGGCGUUGGUAGACCGUCCACGUUUCACUUGCAUAGUGAAGCGCAGGGAGAACAGCCGCCUGAUAUACCUUCAGUUUAGUUUGAGUGCUGAUAUCUCUCCUGGUCCAUACGUUCUAAGUCAAUCUUCCAGAGGUGGCAUUGGCUCUCACAAUACGGAGGUUAACCUCGUCGUCGAUGGUUGUGCUUUGGUACAGUGUGCUACCGAGAUAGGAAACGCCCUUAACCACCUUAAGUCUUUCGCCAUAUACUUGGAUGUUGGGCUCAACAUAAGAGUUUCGAGGAGCAUACAUUACCGUCAGUUUGGUAUCUGAGGCCAAUUCCAGCGUCUACCUCUCUGAAUACAUCGGUUAGCAUUGCAGAAAACACGAGGCUGAAAAGUGUUGGGGCAAGUAUACAUCCUCGUUUCAACCCGUUUGUUACAGGGAAUAAAUUUGACGUCUCUCCAUUAUCCCGAUCUCUAUUCUACAUACCUUCAUGGAAUAGUUGUACCAUUAAAACGUUCUUUCUGGGGCAUCCAUAUUCUGGGGAUUGACCACGGGUUGUUCAGGGAAGCGUGGUGGAGACUAUGCUUUUCCUCGAGCAGUUGCUUGAUGACGUCACAGUUAUCAUCAAACCAAUCCUGAUGUUUUUUUCGAGCUCGUCCUCAGAAACUCCAUCGCGGUGUUGUACAAAAUAGAUCUAAGUGAAGCCAAGUUUGCUUCGACGUUGUCAUCUUCCAAUAGUGUGGACUCCAUACGUUCUUCCAGAGCGUCCACAAAGAAUUUCGUAAUGUGGGGCUUUUCAACUUUUUGGUAUUUAGACGUUUAGGAGGCUUCUUCCCCCGUGGGUGUCUUUUGGUUGUAGGUGUAAGUUGAGCUUAAUGAUGAUAAGACGAUGAUCAGUGCAGAAUUCUGCACCACACAUGGAUUUGGUUACUCGUAAGUAUUGACUGUCCUUCCACUUGAUGAUGACAUAGACGAUUUGUUAAUAAAAAUAUACAUUUCUAACUGCAAAGUAAGCGGGACAAUACUCUUUGAGAAACAAUUUGCGGUUUGGCGGAAAAAAAAAGUUUUAAAGACAAACUAACAGUCUCACUGAAAGUUUUUUAUUUAAAUACUGAUACAUGUGACAUGGGAAGACUCCAAAAAAUUUGAGCAUCGUGGCGUCCCCCCGGGUAAAAAGUCUCUGACGUUUUUUUUAUGAAAAGGAAAGGCAGUUGCAGAGAUAACAAGACACGCUGGAAGAGCUUAAUGUCACCUCUCCAUAUGGAGAUGACUCAUCUUCCCAUUGCACCUCGGUGAGCAAAAAAAAUAUUGUAAGAAUCGAUCUUAUCAGCCAUCUGCGCACCCUCAGACGGAAUCGGUAUUAUGAGACAUCUGCGCACCAUUAUACAUAAUCGGUCUCAUGAGUCAUUUGCACAUCCACAGAAAGAUUCAGUCAUAUGAGCAAUCUGCGCACCCAUUGGUCUUAUGAGCCAUAUGCACUACAACAGGCAGGAUCAGUCUUUGAGCCACCUGCGCACCCACUGACACAAUCAGACCUAGAAGGAACCCGAUGAUCAAAAUUACAUUGAUCGACUUUGAUGUAAAAACUAAUUACUAUUAUAAACGCACUUACCCUACAUACGAAUUAAUUUCGUCAAUGUAAACUUCACUACUUUUGAUUUACAUUAUUACCCAAUUUACAUAUUGUUCAGAUUGGCCUGGUUUGUCAUCUGGUCGCUAAAAGAUUAAAUCCAAUUGAAACCUUUAGAGAGGCUCUCAACAAGAUUCCCAUCACAAAAUCUCCGAUAUCCUUAAAGGUAUUUAAAAAUAUUUUUAAAUUUGAUAGAAAGUAAACUACCUUACACUACAGACCGUUCGUUGUAAAUGCUUAGUUGUUAGUUAAAUCCUCUUCAAAUUUAACUGUUUUGUUACUCAACACCUUAUAUAUUUUUUUACUAAAUUUAAAAAAAAAAAAAAUUUGGUUCCCGAACAAACUGAUACAUAAUCUUGAUGGUCUAAAAGAAGCGCUUAAUUUUUAUUUAACAAAUAUUUAAUUCUCUUUAAAUUCUGGAUUUUACAAUAUUGUUUUGUUAAUAAUUUCCUUGUAAGAAAAUCUCGUGCAUCUAUUUAUAAUUCCUUCUUUACACGUCAACGUUGUCUGCUCGGUAUGGUGCAUUUUUAACUAAAAAAAAAUAUUAUUUCUCACUAAAAACUAACUCAGAGUCAUAAAGACGACCGCCUAUAAAUGCUGCUUCCUUUUCAUAACAAUCAAAAAAGUUACAUCUCAUGCACGAAAUUUAAUAAUUAAAAAAAAAAAAUCAACAGCUUUUCAAUAAAUCUCUGACCCAAAAAGAGCUAUUUAAACAAACCAAAGAUUUUAAACAUAAACCAAAAAUACACUCACAUAAACAAAUCAUUAACAUCGUCAGUUGACAGGGUCAAAGUAAAGCUGAUGAACACAGUAGGUUUUGUUUAAAGUUUUUCCUUCACAAAUUAUAAUUUGUUCCUUAUCUUUUUAUAUUAAAAUUAUUAUUUAUUAACACAUCUUUAUAUCUAAAAUGCAUCAUUUAUAGAUGGAUGGCAUUGAAAGUCAGUUUGUGGAUUUAUCAAACAAAAUAGUUGAAAUUGGUAAGUUAAUAUUAAAAAAUUAUUAUUAAAACAAAGAAGAGUAGAAUUAUCCCAGCAAUCAAUUUUAAAUCGUUGAGUUUAAGGGUGUUGUUUCAUUGCUAAUUAUUUCAAAUAUUGAGUGCGUUAGAGCUAAAUCUUGAUUUACUGAAAUUAGACUGGAAUAAAUUUAUUAUUUUUAAAAAUAUACUUGCGCAAAAAAAUAUUGAACAAAUUAAAAUUAAGUUGCUUAUCUUAAAAAAUAAAUAAUCAUCGAAUUCAAUGAGAUACAAUUCAUACAAGACAAGAUGAAUCAAGAGACUUCCUAUUCAUAUAUGUUGAGAAAUCGUCAUAGUAUAUGUGUAUCAGAGAAAUAUAUUAUAAUUUUAAGUAAAUGACCGACAAAUUAUUUGAAAAAUCAAUUGUAUAGAUUAUUUUAAUUAAACUCUGCUGAGUACCUGGAUUGCUGAAUGCUUAUAUACUUUAACACGAACAUUUUGAUGACAUAUUCGUGGCUUUGAACUUAAACCCAAACAAUUUUAAAUUAAAUAUAGAUGUAUAUUAUAAUUAUUCAAUUUUUUUAAAAAGCAAAUUUAAAAAUUACUGCUAGAUGGCCAUAGACAACCCUGAAAGAUUUCUCAAAUAAGUAAUAAAAAAUAACUCCAAAGACAAAAGUAUGCCGCCAUCCUGCUAAAAAAAAUCCAUGGGAAAUGGAUACGGAAAUCUAUCCCAACAAAUAAAUGUUAUGUAUUUGAAGUCGCGAAAGUUGAUAAUUUUGCUCUUUACUCACUACCGAAAUUGUCCUGUUCAAAGUUAUAAUAUUUAGUAUUUAUAUAUUAUCUUUAAAAAAUGUAGGAAAAAGAUUGGAACUCAAAUACUAUUUUCUAUUCAUCACAUGUUUCAUAUGGUGAUUUAAUUAACCAACUAGGAAACUGCGGAAUUUAUUAGCAAUGUCUCCAAAUAAAAAAACUCAACCAUCUAAAAACAAAAACAAAUUGUUUAGAAAAAUUAGAGGUCUUUCGUUAAUUAUAUCUUGAAGGGAAUGAUCACACCGUCAUUGGCAAGCACCAGUAUUUCAUCCACUUCAAAUAUUCAUCUUUAUUUUUCCUCCAAGAGAUGUGCCAACUUCAUGUCCACCCCAGUCAUGUUUCAAUGUAGAACCUUUCAUAAACAUUAUGCAAGAGAUAAAUGCAUCUAGAUUUUAUUGAAAAUAUGUGUAUUAGAAUUAUCUAUGUGUUAUAUCUAAUGUCCCCAGUAAAAUAUACAUCUAAAUUUACCAUGAUCUUACAAAUAUUAUCAAGAGGACACUGAAUUUAUAUUUAAUUUAAGAUAUUUGUAUUUGGAAUAUCUCUUAAUAAAAUAUAAUUUACGUUUGUAAUAUUUGGAUUUUACUUGUUCACAGAAUCAAAAUGUCGUCUUCCAAAUGUCGGAUUCUAUGCCUGGAGUACCUUUGAUCUCGAUUUAGGCCCACAUUAUUUAGAGAACUUUUCCAAUGUUUGGGGUAACUAUGGAGAUCACUUUGGUUCAACAUCUGGGAAGUUCACUGCCCCAUUGGAUGGCCUGUAUUUGAUGAGCAUUAGUGCGAAACUUCAUGACGAUAACAAGACCCAACUUGAAAGAUGUAAACCUGAUGAAGAUGAAAGUGAAGAAUUGUGUCAAUUCUUUGGGAACCAGACAAUUACAUUUUGUGCUGAGAUGACAGCAGGGGAACAGGUUUUCAUAAAAGUGGACAUAGAGGAAUACGAUAAGGGAAAGUGUGUUGAUUUUUCUUGCUGUUUGAUAAAUGGUUAAAAGAAAAUGUAUACUUGUCUUUAUAUUUUUGUCUCUUUGGCAUACAGUUUUUGACAACUCCAAAUAGUUGGAAACUUUUCACAGAUGUUUAUGACCUGAAGGGAAAGUAAAUAUCCGUUCCGUGUAGUGCUGAAAAUGUUUUAUUGUGAGAAAUUCGCACAUGGAAAUAGUAUACCCUCUAUAUAAGUAGGAUACAAAACAUUUAUAGUGUGACAUCGCAAAAAUGAAUCAUUUAAAAUGUUUAUUUUUGAAAUUCAACAGUGUUUCUUUAAUUUUAUUUUCCCUAAAUGUAUGAACAUAAAAUGUCAUUUCCAGUCGGAUUGAAGCCAUGAUCUUUGAAUGGCGGGAAACAAAUAUUUUUACGUAUAUUUUUAUAAAAAAAUAGAAGUAAAUAGGAACACAUAUUUUGGUCUUAAUGUAUAUGAUGCGUGUCACAAUCCUUCAAAAAGUGUAGUAAUAUUAGGAGAAAGUCAUUAUGGUGCACGGCUUUUUGGUCUAAAGUUUUCAAAAAAAGGUUGAAAGUUUAAUGGAUAAUAGCUAAACAAUUAUAAUUGUAAAUGAUAAAGCCCAAACCAAAGAAGCACAAGUGGAAUCAAAUUACAAGACUAAAGAUAGACAACAUACUUUAUUACUUUAAAAUAAUUUAAUUUUGUUUCUCUACUGAUGGAAUGUUCUAUAUAAAAUUGUUAAAAAUUAUAAGUCAUUUAAAAAAAAUAAUUAAUUUGUUGGAACUAUUUAGUGGAUCUUAUUGUAUUUCUCACUACACAACAAAACCUGACUAUGCGACUGAUUUUGUGAAAAGUAUUUGACUUUGUGAUAAGUAUCUCAGUAGCCAAAAGUGAACAGACUAAUAGCAUUCAUUAUCUGAACGAAAAAUCAGUUUAUAGCUAUUUAGUUAAUAAUCGUUUCUUAACGUUUUAAUAAAAUACAAUACAUAUUAAGGAAAUGUUCUGGUUUUAACCCAAUGUAACUCAAUACAACGUAUUGUCAAGUAUGGGAGUGUAUUAAUAAUUGUUGCGACUGGAUAUUAGGUUCAUUGAGCUUGGUGUGUGCUUAAUAUUUUUAGUAGUGAACGCUCGUGUCGCACCUGACUUGGUGACAUAUUUUUAUGUUCCUUAUGACGAAAUAGUUUAAAUGACCCGAUGUUAUCGGCAUAACAACGGUAGGUCUAUUGCGAUCAUUUCUACCUGCUAUUGCAAAAAUUCAUCACAAUUCCUAACUUUAAAAAGAAGUAUCUCUGUAUUUAUAUUUAUGUUUCAAAAAUGAUUUAAUUUUGAGUAAUAUUUACCCUACCCCCUUUCACGCUCCUAAAUAAUUUUUUUCAAUCUAAACAUAACCUUAAAUUACCCAG